ACUUAUCAUAGAAAUACGAAAAUGAAAUUAUACGUUGCCGGCUUGCUGCUCUUGCAGCUCCUCUGGCACACACUGGAGCAGGCGGAGUUGGUGCCAUCUCCCGCUGGCAUCUCGAAUGUGACCCAAAUCAGCGCGGCGAACAUCAACAGCACGCUGUCCUCGAACGAAGUGCUGUUCCUCAACUUCUAUGCGGAUUGGUGCCACUUCAGCAAGCGCUUGGCGCCCGUUUUCGAGCACGCUGCCACGCAGCUGAAGCUGGAGUUCCCAGAGCCGGGCAAAGUGCAGCUGGGACGCGUGGAUUGCGUCAAGGAGGUGGCUCUAGCUGAUCUCCAUGAUAUACAAAAGUUCCCCACGCUGCGGCUGUUCUACAGGGGCCAACCGGUGCGCCGGGAGUAUCGAGGUUUGAGGACGAGCGAGGCGCUGGUGAAAUAUGUUAAGUCUCAGCUGCGGUCUGCAAUUGUCGAGUUCAAUAAUUCGGAGGAUCUAGCCGAGAUAGAUCCUAAAAGGCGUGCCGUCAUCGCUUACAUUGCGGACACUGAGAAUCCGGCUUAUGGGAUCUUCCAAAUGAUGGCUGAUCGCUUCAAAAAUGACUGCGACUUCUAUUUGCACAUCGGAGACGAUCUGGAUCCGGAUCUGGAGCACAAGGGAGCAAUCCCCAGGCAGCUUCCCGCUCUGGUGUUCCGUCCGGACGUCGCCCGCACACACGGACAGGAUGAAUUCUAUGCUGGAAGUCUCGAGGAUCCCGCGCAAGUAGAGCCUUGGACAUUGGCCAAGUGUGUGCCUCUGGUGCGGGCGGUGAACUUUGCGAAUGUGGAGGAGUUGAUCGAGGAGAGGCUGCCGCUGCUGCUGCUCUUCCACCUGCCCGAGGACGACGUCUCCAUUAAGGACUUCAAGGCGAUUGUGGAAAUGCAGCUCUCCGAUCAACGGAGCAAGUUCAACUUUGUUACCGUGGAUGGCUGGAAGUUCGAGCACUCCGUGAAGCACAUGGGCCUGAGCGCCAAGAACUUGCCCAUCAUAGCCAUCGAUUCGCUCAAAUUUAUGUAUCCGUUCACAAAAUUCUCCGACAUGUACAUACCGGGCAGGCUCCAGCAGUUCAUGCAGGAUUUUAGCAGCAACCAAACCGUUGUGGAUCGUAAGAUAAUUGAACAGAAUCCACCCAGAGAUGAACAGAAUCCACCCAGGCCCGUGUCCACCUUCAAGGAGCUGGGUCCGUCCAAGCAUCGCUAUACGUUGCUCCACGAUGAGCUCUGAGCUGCAACCACAUUCUGCAUUUGAUUUAUCAAUAAAGUUACCUUAGAUUGAGUCGCUCCUUCGAU